AUGGAUUCCUGCAGUCUCUUCACCGUCAAGGGCAAGAAUGUGCUCAUUACCGGAGGUGCCAAAGGCAUCGGUCGCAUGAUCACCCAAGGCUACGCCGAGUCCGGCGCCAACGUCUUCAUCACCGGACGCGACGCCAAAGCCUGCGAGUCCGUCGUCGCUGAACUGCAACCCGUCGUCGCCAAAGCCGGCGGCUCCGUGUUUGCCAUUACCGCCAACCUGCAAUCAUACGAAGAGUGCGAGCGCCUCGUAGCCGAGUUGACCACGGCGAUCGACCAAGCCGGGCGCGCCAGGGGCCUGCACGUGCUCGUCAACAACGCCGGCGCGGUCUGGGGCGCCGACAUUGACAGCUACCCGGACCACGCCUGGAACAAGGUGCUGACACUCGACCUGCAGCGCGUCUUUACGCUGUCGCAAAAGGCGCUGCCGCUACUCGAGCAAACAGCCACGGCCGAGGAUCCGGCGCGCCUGAUCCAUAUUGGCUCCAUUGACGGCAUUCGCACCCCCUCGACAGCCAACUUUGCCUACUCGGCGGCAAAGGCCGGCCUGCACCAGCUCUCGCGUCAUCUGGCCAGGGACCUUGGCCCCCGGUUCAUUACCAGUAAUGUCAUCGCUUGCGGGCCAUUCCCCAGCCACAUGAUGAAGGCAACGCUCGAGGCGGCAGGCGACUACAUCAGGAGUGAGGUACCCCUGCGGCGGGUGGGCAAACCCGAGGAUGCGGCGGGCGCGUGCAUCUACUUGUCGAGCAAAGCUGGUGCCUUUUGCACUGGCGCAACGAUUCGUGUCGAUGGUGGUGCGUCACAGGUGGCCAAGAUUUGA